AAUGUAAUAUUUGCUGCGAGAUGUUACUGAGCUUUGAAAAUAAAAAAAAACAAUAAACACAUUUAGCGGUCUUUAUUGUUUGACAACACUUGGCGUCUCAAUAAGUACUUUGGUUGUGUUUGCGAUCGACUUUUGUUAACAGGAUGCGUCUGACGGCUCAUCGUAGUGUACUAAUUGAAUUUGACGGAUAUUCGUAAGGCUGAAUAGAAAAUCGGCUUGUCUUAUGAAUUGAGUCGGGAAUUGACAAUGCUGCAGGACUGUCGCAGAACUUAUUAUGUGACGCGAACUGUAUCUUAUUGGGUCGCAAAAUAAUAGGUACUACUUAAACACUACUUUCGCAUCGUUGUUUUUCUUGUUUGUGUAUUUGGUACGAAAGCUUGCGAACGCGAGAGAGAAUUGCCAAGUCACUGCAACUGGCUGAUAUUUCGGAAAAGUAGUAUUACCUGUAGAUGACUAGAUUUGUUUCCCAAUUUGUAUUUAGCAGCAGAGCGUCUCUGUAGUAAACUCUUGUGUUUGCGAACUCAACCUGUCAUUCGUUUUGAAGUCGUGGUACUGAAGUCAGUACUAUGCGUGAUGUGGCACAAGUAUCCCGUUGCAAAAUUUUUGAAUGUUUUUUCGCAGAAGUUGCGUUGAGGGAGAGUUAUGUUUGUAAACAUACUGUCGCUAUUGGAAUUGAAUCGUCUUUUCUGUAUCGCCGAAUGUAAAUGGAUAUGGCAGAAGAGCGCAAAAGCAGAAAGGGAAUGAGUUCUCCAAUACCUGUUCCAUCUGGAGGCUCACGUCAAAGUUAUGAUCUGUCGUCUCCUGGCCACCUUCCAGAUCAGGGGAGAGUAAUGACACCACCAAAUUCUUCAGGCCGUGCAUCAGUAGGAGCAUCGAUUGAUCAGGGGAGAGUAAUGACUCCACCAAAUUCUUCAGGACGUGCAUCAGUGGGAGCGUCGAUCAAUGUAGCAAACUGGCUUGACAACAGUGUGUCUAAAUCUGGAGAAUCUCCUGCAUCCGACAAGUUACAACCUCUAACAAGAAAAGAGUCGUACAAAGCCCAGCGCAAAAACUACUGCCGAGAGAAGAAAAGAGUGGCCAAAGAACUACUGAGCUCUCUCAAAGAUCCAUCCGUAAUUGUAUUAGCUGACUGGUUAAAAGUUCGUGGCACGCUUAAGAGUUGGACUAAGUUGUGGUGUGUGCUAAAACCAGGACUUUUACUAUUGUACAAGAGCUUAAAAUUGAAGAGUAGUCACUGGGUAGGAACAAUCCUUCUCAAUACAUGCCAGGUAAUUGAAAGGCCUUCAAAAAAGGAUGGAUUCUGCUUCAAACUUUUCCACCCACUGGAGCAGUCCAUAUGGGCACCUAGAGGACCACACAAUGAAACGAUUGGCGCUGUUGUUCAGCCAUUGCCAACAUCUUACCUGAUAUUCAGAGCACCUUCACAAGCAGCUGGCAAAUGCUGGCUUGAUGCUCUGGAGCUCUCUCUCCGUUGUUCAUCAUUAUUGGUUAGGAGUAGUAGUGCCUGUAACAGAGGCUCAACUGAUGCUACCACCAGCCAUGAAACACAGUGGAGUGAAGCUGAUUAUGAGCGUCAUUUCAAUGAUCAUGAUUUGGAUGACCUCAGCCAGCCAGACAAUGUACCUGAACAGCUCUCACUGUCAGACUCGGAUUCAGAGGGAUCAACUGGCAAGCGAGAUGAAGUGGGUGAUCUGCUGGAUGACCCACCUGAGACCAUAUAUGUUCACCAUGAGGAACGUCCAGAAGAGUUUGGAAGUGCUGGAGAGCAAGUUGAGGAGCUAGCAGAAGAGAAUAAAUCUCUGAUAUGGUAUCUUGUAAAGCAAGUUCGUCCUGGUAUGGAUCUGUCAAAAGUUGUCCUGCCUACUUUUAUAUUAGAACCACGGUCAUUUCUUGACAAGCUGUCUGAUUCCUACUAUCAUGCAGAUAUUCUUUCACAGGCAGUACUGGAGGAUGAUGCCUUUACCAGAAUGAAGGGUGUUGUAAAAUGGUACCUGUCGGGUCUUUAUAAAAAACCAAAAGGCUUAAAGAAACCUUACAAUCCAAUCCUUGGUGAAACAUUCCGCUGUUACUGGGAGCAUCCAAAUUCAUCUCGGACUUUUUAUAUUGCUGAACAGAUUUCACAUCAUCCUCCAGUGUCAGCAUUUUAUGUAACCAAUCGGAGAGAUGGAUUCUGCAUCAGUGCCUCAAUUUUAGCAAAAUCAAAAUUCUAUGGGAAUUCUACAUCAGCUAUUUUAGAUGGAGUGGCUGUUCUAACAUUCCUUCCACGUGGUGAAGACUAUAGCAUUACCAUACCGUAUGCACAUUGUAAAGGUAUCCUCAUGGGAACACUAACUAUGGAAUUGGGUGGGAAGGUCACAAUAGAAUGUGAAAAAACAGGAUACCGCACUGAAAUUGAGUUCAAAUUGAAGCCCUUUCUGGGUGGUGCAGAACAGACAAACAUGAUAUCAGGACAGUUAAAGUUGGGGAAGGAAACCUUGGCAACGUUGGAUGGAUACUGGGA